ACUGAAGAUGUUAAAAUAUAUCAGAGUUUCAACUGUAAUGUUUUAUAAAAGUGUUACUACACGUAAAGCAAAAAAAAAAAAUGUGUGUUUAUGGUUUUCUGAAAAUGUACCUUGCAGUGUGUCGCCAUCUUGUGGUCGCUGUAAAAUAUGCUCAGGACCUCAAAAGUUUCAACAUGGCUCCCUAGCAACCAGACGCUCGUGCCUGGAUACACACUGAUGACAAACGUUGCUGAAUUUAGAUGAGCUACAGAGUUUGUUUCGGAGCUGAACUUCGCUGUUAUUAUGUAACGUUAACUCGUCGUGGAAAAUUGUGUUAACAAUGUCUGCCAUGCAAGGAUAAAUUUAACAAAUGAGUUCACGUCAAUACUGGCAUUUAUUCCACUUAACGGACGUUAGCUAACAGCUCCAUUAACUGCGCCUAUCGCUAGCUAGCUGGUAAGUUAGCAUAACUUUUAGAGGCUAGCGAAAUUAGCAUGAAUGUGUUUGCUUACUGACUAAGUUAUUUGUGUCCAUACUUUCCGUCUCUGAGUGGUAGCCUAAUUAUUCUUUAUUCUAUAGUCUCGCAAUAGUCUUACUAGAAUAAAGCAGAAUACAUUAAUUAUAACUUAAUGGAGAAUCAACUACUUUUUUAACAGUUAAUUUAAAAGCAGCAAAGUUAUGAUACAGAUUGAGAAACUAAAGCACCGAGGUGACGAGGAGGUGGUCAGAGAGCUGUGCUUGGCCAAUGGAGUAUCCUAUGAAAAGAUUGUACAAGAAGGAAGCAAUGUCAGCUCCCUGGAGAUCUUCUUCACUGGCUUUCCCCGCAUGGUUGGGCUUUCCUUCUUCCCAAGGGUCUGUCAGCUUACCAUAGUGGGCCAGAAUGUAAAACACAUUGAGGGACUUGAGUGCUGUCCUGUGCUUCGGGAGCUGUGGGUAGUCCAGUGCCAUCUGACAGGAAUAUCUGGACUACAUAAUUGUCCACAACUGGAGAAACUCUACCUUUAUGAUAAUCAAAUCUGUGAAAUAAAGAAUUUAGAAAUGCAGAUUAACCUGGAAGUUUUGUGGCUCAACAACAACUGCAUAACUCAGAUACAGGGCUUGAACAUGCUGAAAAACCUUAAGGAACUAAACCUUGCUGACAACGAUAUUGAAAAGAUUGGGCGUAGCCUUGAUCCUAAUGUCAGCCUUCAGAAUCUUAAUCUGUCUGGGAACAAGAUCAGCUCCUUUAAGGAGCUGACCAUGCUUGCUCAUUUACCCCAUCUGAGAGAACUCGCACUAAAGGACCCUACAUCAACCCCAAACCCAGUGUGUCUGCUGUGUAACUAUGCCACACACGUUCUUUACCACAUGCCAGGCCUACAGCAACUUGACACAUAUGACGUUUCAAGCAAGCAAGUCAAGGAGGCAGCUGAGUCGACAGUAAUGAAGAAAAUGAUGUACUACAACAUGCGUGUACGGACAGCUCAGAGGAACCUGGCAGAGAUCCGGCUCAGUCUGAUAGAGAGGAAGAAAACUAUGUUACAGUUACCAGAAGAAUGCAUCAAAACACUCAAUCACGCCCUCAAAAGUCUUGAACGUGAACUGUCCAAGGUGCCACCUAGUUGUAAGAAGUCUGCCUGUGCGUUGGAGGAUGGAUCAACCCAACUGGUUGAAAGUUCAGCCCACAGAAGUGACUCACCCACUGAUGUCAGUCGCGAUCCUGCCAUGGAGCACAAAAUACUCUGCAAGAUUGAAGCACUGAGGGACAGACUGGUGCUAUGGACGAGGAGGCUGGAUGAGAUUGAAGCCUGGUAUGAGCGGGAUUUGAUGCAAGCCACAAACACAAUGGGAUAUACCAUUCAGUUUCUGUUGAUGGAGCUAGAAAGUGUUGGAAAUAUUCGUUUGGAAGAGGGCUGCUCCACAGACCCUUGGUUUACUUCCUGUUGCGACCUCCUGCAGUCCCGCUUCUCUCAGUCAGACUUUAAGGCUUACAGCAUCACUGGCAUCAAAAUCAAUAGAGUUAUCCGCAUCCACAACAGCGCUUUGAGGCUUCGCUUUGAGGACAAACUUCACACCCUUCUAGCCAGUGACGACUCUGCCAUCUCUUCACAGAAUUACAGACGUCGGCUGGAUCAUUUGUUCUACGUAGCUGACCCUGAAAAGAAUGAUGAGAAGGAAGAAAUUCUCUGCAUUUUAGAGGAAGGCUUCAAAACAGCUGAACAAUAUAAGGCUUUGGACAUAGAGGGAGCUAUACCUUUAUCCAAUAGCCUGAGUGUGACUGAGCAGCCCAGAAUUGAACACACACUGCGCUGGGCCAGCCAAAGUGAUUCCAAGCACAGCACAGACACAGUCCCCUUCAGGCACAGUCAGAUUAUUGUUUCCAAAGUGUUUGUGGGCCACAGCACGCCUGUCCGAGAGGGAGAACCGUUGGACAGAAGCAGAUAUCCCAGAGCCUACUCUGUGUACCGCAAUAUGGAAGGCAAGCACAGAACUGCAAUAAGUGAAGAGAGACCCCGCUCCACCAAAACACACACUGGUCCUGAGUGCAGUCCCCGACGAAGACAGUGGUUUGUGUUUGACCAUGAGCUCGUCCUGCCUGAGUACAUCAUUUCUUUUGAGUACAUCACCGGGGAUGAAGAACAACUACACAGCACAGGCAGAGGUGACGGUCCCUCCAACGAUAUCAUCCUAGACAGGGAGGUCCUCAACAUGGAACCUGUGCUGAAGCCACAGCCCAAGCUGUUGAGCUUGGAUGACAAAAUUCUGCUCAAUGUGGCCAGAGCCAAUGUCCUCAGUCAAAUUACUGUGCUGAACCUUCAUGGUAACAGUUUGAGUAAAAUAAAGGAGAUUUCCCAUGUCACAGCUCUGCGGCAUCUUAUCAUCAGCUUCAAUGAGUUCACACACCUGGAUGACAUUUCUCACAUGCCCAACCUUGAGUUUUUGGACGCUAGCUAUAAUCGCCUAGUGACCCUGGAAGGGCUGAAGAGGUUGGGGCAGCUCAAACAGCUCGACCUGCGCUGGAACAAGUUGACCAAGGCCGGGGAGGACACAGCUGUACUGAGAAAACACACACCUGCUCUGCUGAAGCUUGACACCAGAUACAACCCCUGGAGCAGGUCUGAAGCAGUAAGAAUGACCAUACUGGGCCGUCUAAUGACCCUCACACACCUGGAUGAUACGAUGGUAACAGAGGAGGAGGCUGCCUAUGCUCUUCAGAUGGCCACUGGAUCCAAAAUUAACCAGGCAUCCCUUCUAGCUCACUCAUGUACCACCAGUGAGCGUCCCCGCAGUCUCAGCUUGCUGUCAACAGCCCAGCUCCUAUGUCUUCUCAGUCCUGCACCCUGGGGCCUCGACCAAGAGCUCAAGCUAGACUGGACUGCACAGAUCUCUGCCCUAAACCUUGACAACCAGAGGAUUUCCAAACUGGUCAAUCUGAAUAAGCUAGUCAACCUCCGCUGGGCUUCCUUUAAUGAUAAUGACAUUUCCAAAGUGGAGGGUCUUGAUGGCUGCUUGAAGCUGGAGGAACUCUCCCUCAACAACAACAGCAUAGGCACACUCAAUGGCCUGUCAAAGCUGCAUUGCCUCAAUAAACUGAGUGUAGAUGGGAAUCAGCUGUCUAAUCUGGAUGCCUCAGUCUUAGAUCAGCUGCCCAACCUGUCCUUUCUGUCCGUGGAGAACAACUGUAUCAGUUCCCUGCAUGGUAUCCAGAGAGCCCGCUCCCUUCUUGAGCUCUACAUCGGCAACAACCAAAUUUCUACGUCGCGGGACAUCUACUAUCUGAAGGGAUUGACAAACCUCAUUAUUCUGGAUCUUUAUGGGAAUCCUUUAGUGGAGAAACUGGAAAACUAUCGGAUUUAUGUGGUGUUCCACCUACCCUCAUUAAAAGCUCUGGAUGGGAUUGCAGUGGAGGUAACUGAGUGUGAGAGUGCAAAGGAUAUGUUUGGAGGAAGACUAACCCCAGACAUGGUAGCAGAGAAACUGGGCCACUCAAAUUACGCAGACAUCACCUACCUCACCCUGCAGUCGUGCUCCAUUAGGAUGGUUGAUCUGUCUCCAGUGGACCUGUUCUGUAACCUGCGCAGUGUCAACUUAGACCACAACAACCUCACCUCUUUCUCGGGCCUUAUUUACCUGCCCAACAUCAAGGCUCUGUGUUUGAACUACAACCACAUUGAAUCCAUCUUGCCCAGACAGAAGACUCAGGCUUCUCUGACCAACAGACAGAUCCUGUACAGCAAAGUUCACUCCAGUGGUUACGGCCAACAGAGUCCAUCCAAAGGCAAAGGGGAAACUGGGCCCACUGGCAGCCUGGAGCCACUGAUGGGCAGCCUGGAGGUGCUGCAUUUGAGUCACAAUGGCAUCUCCAAUAUGGCCAAUCUGCAGCUCAGCAGGCUCACCAAUCUUAAAGCACUCUUCCUCCAAGGUAACGAGAUCAGCCAGGUUGAAGGAUUGGAGGGGCUUCACCAACUCAGAGAGCUUGUGUUAGACAGGAACCGGAUCAAAGCUCUGGCCGAUAACUCUUUCAUAGCACAGAACGUCCUGCUAGAGCUGCACCUAGCAGAGAACCGCAUCCGGGAGCUCAACCAUCUUGAUCCUUUGAUUGAGCUCCGCAAGCUCUUUCUUGGCAUGAACAAACUGCAGGACACCACAGAGCUUGACAAACUAGAAGUUCUUCCUUCGCUGACAGAGCUCUCUGUUGUUGGGAAUCCUGUGGCCAAAAAUUCUCAACACAGACCAGCAAUAGUGCUCCGUCUGUCUCAGCUACAGGUCCUGGAUGGAGUGAUGGUCACCCUGGAGGAAAGGACAAGGGCUGAGCUCCUCAAUGCUGAGACAUCAUACCCUGGAGCUUCUCUUCCUGCCACUGAAAUAAACCUACCUGGACUGCUACCCCUCAUGCCUCGAAACACCCCUCUAAGAGGAAUGACCAUAAGUGGAGGACUGCAGAACUUUGUGCAUGGGCACGAUAUCCUGCCAGCUCACAUGGAUGAGGCCCAAUCUCAUUACACAUACAAGUACAAGAAGCACAAGCACGGUAAUGCUGUUCGUAGCGGCCAAGCCGACAUUACCUUAAGACACAUUCGAAGAACAGGAAGCAACCUGCCAGCCCAAGGUCUUCUUCAUGAUGGGAACAGAGUCAUCAUCACAUAUCCCGGCCAGGAGCAAGACAGCAGAUUUCCUAAUGGUGGCAAACCUCCACCCAUGUAGCAGCCAGACAAGGUGGUGCAUGCAGGUGAAAGGUGAAACAAAUGUGAACACAUGCAACAGCCAUGACUGUCAUUAGUCCUAUAUCAGUAUUUUGGGACAUCAUAUCUUGAAGGUGGCAUAUUUGUAAGCAUUCUGUAAUGUAUAUCGGCAUCUGGACAUAUUUGCAUAUUUAAUGAGGAAAAAGUCAGAACAUAAAGCAAUUCAAGUGCCUUUAGUUUGGUGACAUGGCAAUAAACAACUUUCUGUAACUGUUAACAUAUCAUUAAAUCACCCUUGCUACUAUUAGUUUAAACGAAAACAUGUUUGGAGUUCAGGAAAAUUAGGCUACUUGAAGGUUGCAUGUAGUGCAUCUCUUUCAAAUGGAUUCAUAAUGACUCUGACCUUAUUUUUUAUCCACAUAUGUGGAUCACUAACCAUGGUAAUCUGAGGAUGAGAGGUUUUGGUGUCAUUUCUACUGCUAUCCCAUCUUUGGCCUCAAACAAGUGGAAAAAAAACACCCACAGAUGUAAGGGCGUGUGAGGCUGGCAUGCUGCUUCCACGGGGUCAGAUGCAUCCCCAACAAGUGGAUAAUCCAGCUUUAGCACACCUCUCUGUGGACAAUAAUCUGCAGUCACUCAGAUAAAGAUGUAAUCUUGAACAAGGUCCAAAUGGAUUUUCAGAGAUUGUCAGUUUCAUCAUGUUAGCCUCUUUUCCAAAAGCCCACCACAGUUUUGACUAAUAGGCAAAUCUCGUGUGUUGUAACUGGAAACAGUAUUAGAGUGACUUGAUAUUUAUGAUGUUAGUUCUGAUGAACAUGAGAUUAUAAUCCUUCCUGACUUGCUGUCAGUUUAGUCUGGUAGUGCUGUAGUUAACACACCAGUCUAAGCUUUAAAUGUGGACUAUACAGCAUAUAUUAUGUGAUCUGAUGCCUUUAUAUUCUGGGAACUCUAAACUGAUCAUUGUAUGAUGAAAAGAUUAAUGCUGCGUUCACAUGGAAUCAGGCAAACAAUCGACGGAUAUCAUUUUAGGGAACGAGAGCAUGUUGGUAAAAUUAGGUGAGGCCAGCAGAGACUAGUAGACGGCAUUGCCAUUCAGAAUUAAAAUAUUUAACUUUUUGCCUUUCUCCACAACAAAAUUUACAACCAGGUGUUAUGUAGCUCCUUCACAUGAGGCAUUUGGGAAAAUUUGUGGACAUUACUGGAAUAAUUACAUAAAAUAAUAAACACAAAAUAAUUGUAUUUAAUAUAUUUUAUUCAAUUCUUUGUAAACAAUACGACAUCACCAUCGCAACAUAUCGACGUGGGGUUUUAUUUUUACCAUCCUGACAUUCCUUUGGACUGAUUGAUGGUUUUAAACAUGCCGUCCAGAAAGUAUUGUUCAUGUGCUGUCUACUGUCUGUCUGAUUCCAUGUGAACGCUACAUUAGAAAGGACAUCAGCCUCCAUCAGUUGAACACUGUUGUUAUGUUUCUGAACAACUUCUUUUAAAGUUUAAUUAGUGUUAUUUAAACUCUACUGAACUUUUUUAUUAUGUGUACUACUUAAAGGUAUACUGUACAGGAUUUUCCUAGGGAAAAAAACAAUGUAUAGGGUCACACAAAAGUCAUUUCUGUCAGUUAUCACUUGUACGAUGUAUGUACAUAUUUUUGCAUUUUCUUAAUAUUUACUGCGUUCAGGAUGUUCCUGGACACAGUGGGCAGGUGAGGUCAUGACAUCAUGGACACAGCACCAAAGCUAUUAAAAACACAAAGAUAUAGAGGCUGGCUUUCACUUUCACUGGAGAUGAUGUUGCAAAUGGUUACCAACAAUUCCUGCAUACUGUUCCUUUAAAAAAGAGACACAUCAUACUUCAAAAGGAUGGGGCCUGGGUUUGGAAAAAAAUAUUCCUGAAUUAAAGAGUUGAUUUAUUCAAGAACACCCUUUCCUAAGGACAUCACUUUAAAUCCUUUGAAGCCAGAAGCAGCAACAUUUUCUGUCAUAUUCCCUCCACCAGCCUGAGCUCUGGACUUUAUGGCUCAGUGGUGUUAAUGUGACCACUAGGUGUCCUUAGAGCUCCAUUAGCUCUCUCUCUGCACCACACUGCUAAUCAGUCCUUGAUGAAUUUACCACUUGCCCUGUGGGGAGUAAUUUAUCAGUUGAAGGCGUAUACGUGUGCUUUAGUUUUGUGUUCCCUGCCGCUGAACAUUUGUGAGGCAACAGCCAGCUCGAGGCAGCAAAAGUGAAAAGCUCUCCCCCAAACAAGCUCCUCUAAUGCAUGUACUUAACUUCACUUGAUUUGUGUUAAUUCCCAGCAUUAAGCGGGGCUAAUGACUGUGCAAGUGAGUGCACUGUCAUUACCUUGCUCUGCCUGACAUCAAAUGGCAGCUGAUGGACUCACAUAAAAAAAGAAAAGAAAAAACUCUAAUGCACAGAUUUGGGGGCUCAGUGAGAGCUCUCUAAUGCAUUAGGUAUUGCAAAGGAUAAUUACACAUUUUAUAUUUGUGUACAGUAUGUGCAGUAUGGAUAUGCUAGAAACAUGACUGUUUUUAAUGCAAUUGUAUGUCUAUGUGGUUUAAGUUUAUUGCGAACAUGCCACUCCAUGCAGUGUCUCUUUUUGCAUAUCUGUCAGUAUUUUUAACAUUAAAAUGACAUUAGCAUAAAGAUUGUGAAUAAUUCAUCAGUCCUGAGUGAACCCAGAUGCACUGCUCUCUCUAUCUCUCUCCCUCCCCGUCGCUCCGCCAUGUGAGUAGACCACAUGGUUUGUAGCUGGUUUAAUGGGAUGGAAUGUGACAGGUUAUGUUUUCAUCGGCCUGAUAUGGAGCCCGGCUCGGGCGGGAGGGAACGAGGGGGAGAAAGGGAGAUACAGAGAGAGGGGAAAGUGAGGUGGUCUCUGCAGUUGUAGUCUGGAUUCAUAAUUAGACAUGUUUGUGCUUGUUGUGAAUCAGUUAUAGAUGAUGCUCUUCCCCCUCAUCCCCACCAACACACACACACAAACACAUGCUCUGUAUGGGGCCAUUACUUCUGGUCCACUAACUCCCUACAUUUGCUGUGUCUGUGCAUUCAGAGCACCAUUAGUCCAAGACUCUGUGAAUAAUUGCUGAAUGGACCAUGUUUUCACCGCUAUCUUCUCAGGUUCCAGUGUUGCUUGAUGUUGUGGGUGACGUGAGAGAGAUGAGGACAUUGAUUGAUGUUUGAUGCCGAGGAUAACACAGCAUCUUGUACAGUGCUUAUCGAAGCAUUAUGCGCAGAGCAUGUAAUGGAUGAACAACAUUAAACCCCACGUGCAUUACACAUUUACCAGCUUGUAUUAACUUCAGAAGUGCUUCGAUAGAAUUACAUCAAUACCAUCACUUGACUUGGAAUUGCUGUUGUGAAAAUGAAAUGUUCUCUCUCCACAUUUGGCUGCUGAUGGCAAACAAAUUCAGAUAAUGAAAAUAUAAAUUAUUUUGUUUUCAAAAGGUGCAUAUUAUGCCCCAGAGUUCAUUUUCAUCCCCACAAAUACAUCCUCUAUUCAAAAACAAUCUUGCCAUAUUGCUUCUCUUGAAAUCUGUCAUUGAGUUAUUGUUGUCGCUUGUCAUUUCCCUGUAAUUUGUUUCCUGUGAGGCUCCUUAGAAUAGAGAGUGAAUGGAGAGAGAGAGGAAAUACAGAUAAAAGAAUGUAGCGAGAGUGUUCAAUUAGAAUGAAAAGGAAAAUGCUUUUAUUUUGUGUAGAUAUUUUGGAUGAGCGCACGCCUUGCAUGAGCAUUAAAUCUUAACUGCUUUUCAUUUCUGGACUUGAGUGUGAUUUAUCACAUUAUUGGACUUGUGUGUCAUUUAUCACGUUAUUUCAAUCACACAAAGCGUGUUGCUUUAUUAAGACGGUGAAAAACAAGGUGCCGAUAACCAAACAACAGACAAACACCCAAUUUUCUCGUAAAUUUAACGGGAAUCAAUUUUCAGAGUGCCGCCAGAGGGUCUGCUUUUUGUAAAUUGUAGCCAAUUUGGUGUUUUUUUUUAUGUCAUGAUAUUUGCAUUUGUGUUUCCCUUUAAUGACUCCUAAGUCUCAAUUCAUGUUGAUAUUCUUCAUCAGGCAGCUGUAGCAAAAAUGGAGCAAUGAUUUUAAAUAAUCGUUACUGCAGGAGGAUUACAUACAUGUUGUCGUGACUGACGGGCUUUAUUGUGUCCUACACAGAGCAGAAAUUGUUUUUUCAAGAUAACAAGGAAACACAACCUCCUGCGUAUACACUUAGCCCCUCAGCUGCAGUGAAGAAUAACAACAACAACAAUUUAAUCUCCUCGGCUCCAGAUUAUUAUCUUUCUUUGUGUUGAUAUUGUGGCCUUUUUUAGUUGAUCACUUUAUGAUCCCUCUUGUUGCCCUCCUUCUCUCUAAGUAAAUCAACAUUUGGGAGAGGCAGACCACACUUUACCACAAUCACUUUCAUUAUCUUAAAAUAAUACAAUACUCGUAGGAUUUGCUCUUUUUGUAUUAAGAAGACAACAAUAAUUUAGAAUGUAAUAUUAAUAUUUCUAAUCCUAUGUCAGUUUUUGGGGUCAACUAAGCGCAUUAGAUUCAGGAUUUAAAGAUACUGGCAAGUGAGAGGUUGAAAUAUUAUUUAGGAGAAGGAGGAUCAACGAGACCACGGGAUGUGUCAUUUAAUGUAAUUGCAAAGAGGGAUGGUCAUUUCAUUGUUCAGUGGAGAGCAACUUGUAGUAGUAACAUCCUUUAUUAUCUAUUGAGGGGUAUCUUUAUUUUUCAGUUGAUUUUGUGAUGAUUUUUCAUACAAAACAGUUUCUAAUAAAGCUGGUCGUGGGAACAGUUGAAUAUGAUUCCCACUCACAAAAACUGACACACUCUGAUGUGCCCUCAUUUAUGAGUCUGACAGCACUGCUUUAUCUUA